AUGACAAAGUACAUUAUUGUCUCUGGUGGUGUUAUUUCUGGUAUUGGUAAGGGUGUCAUUGCCUCUAGUACGGGUACAUUGUUGAAGACGUUGGGUCUCCGUGUCACUGCCAUCAAAAUUGAUCCCUAUCUUAACAUUGAUGCUGGUUUGAUGACUCCCUUGGACCACGGUGAAGUCUUUGUCUUAAACGACGGUGGUGAAGUUGACUUGGACUUGGGUAACUACGAACGUUUCUUGGACGUCGAGUUGAGUCGCAUCAACAAUAUUACCACAGGUAAGAUUUAUCGGGAAGUGAUUGAGAAGGAGCGCAAAGGUGAUUACCUGGGCAAGACUGUCCAAGUCGUGCCCCAUGUCACGGAUGCCAUCCAGAACUGGGUAGAGAAGGUGGCCACCAUGCCUGUGGAUGACUCAGGAGAAAAGCCUGAUGUCUGUAUCAUUGAGUUGGGCGGUACUGUGGGUGACAUUGAAUCUGCUCCCUUUGUGGAAGCCAUGCGUCAAUUUCAGUUCCGUGUGGGCCAUGAUAACUUUUGUUUGAUCCAUGUCUCCUUGGUGCCUGUGGUGGGUUCUGUGGGUGAACAAAAAACCAAGCCUACUCAAAUGAGUGUUCGUGAUCUUCGUGGUGCUGGCCUUAUGCCUGAUUUGAUUGCCUGUCGUUCUUCCAAGCCCUUGGAUGACAGUGUUGCUUCCAAGAUCUCCAUGUUCUGUCAUGUUGCUCCUGAACAAGUGUUGGCUGUCCAUGAUGUGUCUUCUGUCUAUCAUGUCCCUAUCUUGAUGCGUGAGUCUGGUGUGAUCGAUUUCUUCCGUCGUCGUCUUAACCUGGAUAUCCUUAAGGUCAGUGAUGAACGUCGUUUGGUGGGUGAACAACUCUGGAAAGAAUGGACUACCUUGGCCUCUGGCUAUGAACAUUUACAUGAAACAGUCACUAUUGCGAUUGUCGGUAAAUACACAGAUCUGCAUGACUCUUAUAUCUCUGUCUACAAGGCUCUUGAGCAUGCUAGUUUAGCUCACCAACGCAAGAUCAAGAUUGAAUGGGUGGAUGCUUCUGAUUUAGAGCAUGAGACAUUAAAGGCAAACCCUAUCAAAUACCAUGAAUCAUGGAAAUCUGUCUGCUCUUCCGAUGGUAUUCUUGUGCCUGGUGGUUUUGGUAGUCGUGGCAUUGAAGGUAUGAUUAUGGCUGCUAAAUGGGCUCGUGAGCACAAGAUUCCUUACUUGGGUAUCUGUCUGGGUAUGCAAAUCUCCGUGAUUGAAUUCGCUCGUAACGUGUGUGGUAUGGAUAACGCCAAUUCUGCUGAAGUGGAUCCUGAAACCAAGACACCUGUGGUUGUCUAUAUGCCUGAAAUCUCCAAGACUCAUUUGGGUGGUACCAUGCGUCUUGGUCUUCGUCCUACUCUCUUUCAAGAAGGUACUGAAAACUCGCGUGUCCGUAAACUGUAUGGUGGUAAGCCCUCUAUUGAUGAACGCCACCGUCACCGUUAUGAAGUCAACCCUGAGCUUGUGGAUAAGAUUGAAGCCAAGGGUCUCAAGUUUAUUGGUAAAGAUGAGACUGGUCAACGUAUGGAGAUUGUGGAAUUAGAUGACCAUCCUUACUUUGUUGGUUGUCAAUACCAUCCUGAAUACCUUACUCGCCCCUUAAAACCUUGUCCUUUGUUCAGUGGCCUUAUUUUAGCUGCCAUUGGCAAAAUUGACACUUUGUAA